AUGUUAUUGUGGACGUUAGCUGUGGCGGCGGUAUCAGCCGCGCCGGCUCUCAAGUACUUUGACGGGUAUGACUCGACGGGUGAGGGUCUGCUGUUGCGAGCUUUAGACCCAAAGGAGCCUACUGUGCAGCAAGCGUUUAUCUCUCCAAACGCAACCAAGUUUACUUUGAACUUGGAGUGUGCGCCAGGUCAGCAAUUGUACGUGGACGGUGUUAAGCGGAAGCCGGGUGACUUUACGUUUAAGAAGGACGGCAGCCGUCAUCGCCAGGUUGUAGAGGUGGUUUGCGAAGACCGAUCGGUUGCAUCGAGCAGUGGGUUACCAGACCGUCAGAAGAAUGUAUUUCUGGUCUCGGCGAACUAUCCAGUGAGCGAGAUUCCCAUGCCCGACCUGCUCCUGAAUGAGAUUGGUAUAGAGUGCGAGUCCAAUAGUCAAACCAAGAAGAUCAACUGCCCGGACCCUAAGCUGGAGGACAAAAUGGCGACCGUGACGCCGGCGAAGCUUAAAGGUGACAUUAUGUACACCCUACACACAUCGGACAAUUCUGUGAACUUGCGUCUCUUGGAUGGUAAGAAGAGUCUGCCCUUUAAGUACAACCACAGUUACUACCUCACGGCCAAUGCGGGUACAGAAUCAGUGACUUGGCCGGUUUCCUUCGGUGGGUCCUUUGGUUCUUCGCUCCUCUACUUGGUGGGGGCGUUUAUUGGAUUGAGUCUGCUGCUGCUAGUGUUGGCUAUGCUUUUGGUCGUAGGUGGUGCUGAGGUCUUCGGGCUCGGACGGCCAUUGGGCACCACUGAGAUCGCCUCAAUGUUGGCGCUCGUGAUUCAGUUCUUUACCUUCGGUAACAAGCUUCGUGGCUCCGCUCCGAUGGAGUCGCUGGCGACCCCGACCAAGUGGGUCUCACUCUUCUGGCCGGCGCCACAGAUCACUAAUUCAUUUAACUACUCGCGCGUGGCAACGGACUUCGGCGGCGGUGCUUCCCACCAACCCGUCUUCUCCAAGGGCUACGGACUUCGUCUGUGGGGUGACAGCGUUAUGGGCGAUGUGACCGAUGUUCGGAAUGCUUGGGGCUGCCUCUUUUGGGCUCUGGCGUUUCUGAUCGCCUUGUGUUUGCUACACGCAGCCAUCCUUGGAGGCAUGGCACAGCGCAAGAACGACCUCUUCACCAUCCCACAUCGCAUGAAAUUUGGCAACUGGGAACACCGCGCUCUUAACCUGCUCUGCUUCCCCCUCGCAAUGGCCGGCACGCUCUGUAUCCUGCACCCCCAAUCGACCGUGCUGUGGGCUGUCGCGGGCGGGGCCGUUCUCGUCGGCCUUGCAAUUUGGGUCCUUGGCGCACUCGCUGCUGUUGCCUCCGCCGUUCGUUCCGGAGAGGUAACCUGGGUCUGGGAGCACUCGGUACGUGAAACCGGACCCACACGAAAACGCGAACUCGAGGGGUACUGGUCCGACUUGGAGUGCGACCAGUUGCUCACGCAACCGGUCAACCGUGGCCUGUUGGGUAACUGCUUCGAGUACCGUUGGGUAAGCACAGUCGCUGACAUCAAGCCCACGACCAUCUCGGCAUACGAAACCACUAGUAGCCGCCACUCCUACAGCUCCAGUGCCGAAGAGAGUGGCCUUAACCCGGUCCCGAAAUUGAAGAAGGCCCACCGUGUGGCCGGUUACCCGCUGGCUAAGAACCCUCAGGUCGUGUUGGUAGAGCAGGCGCGCAAGCCCUGCGUUUGUUUCCGCGGAGACAGCCUCGUAGCUGGUGUGCUGCGUACGAAAUGGCUCGAUAUCCUCUUCACGUACGAAGGCCUCACCAAGUUCUUAGAAGCCGACCAGGCUGAAACGCCGGUCCCGCUGCUCGUCAAAACUCACCAACUAGCCGGUCCCAUUACAAACGGUGCGAAUGCCUUCUUCUUUGAUGGCGCGCGUGUGCCCUUCAUCCGUGUGGCCGAAACACUGUGGAAACUUGCCAUGGGCGUUCUCCUUGGAGUCGCCUGCACGGCGGAAGCCGAUCGCACCGGCACUGUGUGCUACAUCGCCGUGGCGCUGCUCUCCCUCGGCAUGUGCGGCUACGUGCUUGGCACAAAACCCUACACCCGCCACCUAGACAACUUGACUGUCGCCUCCACCGCUGGGGUCCUGGGCGCAGCCGCUGCAGCCUACACAGUCUACACCUACAAUCACAAGUCAUGUCUCGCCGACCUAUUCCUCCUUCUCUCCACCGUCUGUGCCACCCUCCUCGCUCUCUACGCCGUUUGGAUCAUUACUAGCAUCGUCUCCGCCGUACUCUGCCCUCCCAUGGACGAGUCCCGCUUCCUGGAAAAGCUCGCCAACUGCACUGUCAUUGUAACCACACCCGAUCAUCAAGAUGAUUACCAAAUGACCGGCUACAGCAAAUACGCCGCACGCGACGUCGUAGCCAAAAGCACCACCGGCCGGAGUCAGAGCCGAAAAUUCGGAACCUUCGAAGACCUAGACCUGAACUUCGAGCACCACGAAAUCGCACAAGCUUGCCAGACCGGAGUACUACCCAUCCCCUAA